AUGGGAUUUAUACAUUUUCGAUGUAGUAAUAGUACUUCACCCAUCGUGUGUUGUAACAACUACCAUCUAAAUGAGGCUGGCGAUGGUUGUAAAGAGUGUGACCCUGGGUACUUUGAGCAUAACUGUUCAAGUAAAUGUCCAGAGGGAUACUUUGGUGAACUUUGUGGAGAUCAGUGUAAAUGUACACCAGGCCAGCUGUGCCACCACGUGAUCGGCUGUAAGGAUGUUUCUCACACUGUUGGAACAUUAGAUCAGGGACAUUGCCCGGAUAAGGAAAAUGGAUGCUGUGUAAACUAUUACAAGAAGGGCAACUCCUGUAUAGAAUGUUUUCCGGGAUAUUAUGACUAUAAUUGCUCUAAAACAUGUCCAGACGGAUUUUUUGGAGGACUUUGUGCAUCUAAGUGUUUAUGUAACCCGUCUUUGUGUAACCACGUGAAUGGCUGUAGUGAUGCAAUAACGAGCACAGAAGAAAACUAUUUUACAGAAGACCUUCUUUUAUCAUGGAAUGGUUAUGUGUUGCCAACAGUGACUGCAGUGGGAAGUUUAGUCGGACUUAUUAUUAUUAUUGGAUUAAUGUGUUAUUGCAUACGAAGGAAAGUAAGGGAGGGAUAUGAACCAAAGCAUAUUAAUAAUGCAUCUCAGCGACAGGCUUCCUACAGAGAGGAACAGUCUGGGAGGAGGCAAUGUAAUGCUCAAGGAACACCUCCCUGUGAACCACGUGUUACUUGCGGAGAAACAAGUGGAUUCUUCCCAGAGAAUUCUGAAAACCCGUAUGCACAAAUCUCUGAUACAGCUAGACUGAUGCCAAGAACGAAGCAUACCCCAAAGGAAGUUGGUAUUCCCAAAGCCCCACGAACCAUGAAUCAACCAAAUGCACCGUUUGAGGAUUUCACCUCAUACGAUGUACUUAGUUUAAAAGCAAAAGGCAAGGGAAAAUCGGAUUCAAGUUUGAGUAAGCAAAAGACAGGGUUUUCAGGAGUCAAGUAUUCUAAGAAUCAUUUGCCUCCAAUUGUCAAAAAUAAACCUUUACCUCCUAUAAACUCCCCCUCUCCUAACGUGCGUAAAAGUUUUCUUUUUCCUGGAGACACAUCUGAUUAUCUAAAACAAGAAACACCUCUUACAAAUGAUAGAUCGAGUGAGGCAGAAAUUAAGGAACUUCCGCUUCCCCCUGCACCGCCGUCCUCUGCUCAUAUCAAUGGUUUUCAUUAUAAACCUAAGAAAGGAAAGAAACCACCCCCGCUUCCAAGAAAACCACCAAGCAAUUCGGAUAUUUAUCGCGAUAAUAGUGAUGGAGAAGGGUAUGUGGAACAGAGUGGCACAGUGAGUACAAGACCAGACAAUGAAACGGAAAGUAAAAGUAAAAAGAAGAGAACCAGUUUCUUGAUGCCAAACAAAUUUCUCAGAAGUGAACCUUCGAUGAAAACUAAACUUAAAAAAGACAUGCUUAACAGACGGAAAACUAACGGUUUGUCGUACAAUUUAUCCGGUCUGUUAGAUGUGGAAGAAAUGCCACCACCUGACUUUAGUGACGAUGAGGAAGCAAGGGGUGGCGCCCAGGGCCAGUUUCCGGGGGUUGAGAAUCCUACAAACCCCCUACGGAAGUGUCAGACUGUCAUUAAGAACAAGAUGAAUAGAAUUAGUGCCUUAAAGUUCGCGAGUAGUACCUUAGACAAUCUUAGAUACAGCUUUGCACGACCUCAACAUUAGCUUUAACACAAUAAAAAAAAAAAAGAUAAUUGCAAAUUUUUUUGUUCGAAAUUUUUUUUAUCAAAUUUAUAUUAAUGAAAUUUUUAUAUCUUAUCAUAUA